GUGCUCUUCGAUUCUUUGUCCGAAGACUGAUAUACCUACCAAAUGGCAAAUAUUGUGGCUACCACAAUCGCCAUUGCAGCUGUCGUGGCAGCAUAUUUUUACUACCGACACGUAACAAGCCAGGAUAGCCGUAUUGUUGCGGUCUUGGAGGGUCUGAAGUCUUUGGAAAGAGAAAAUCCAGUGCAUGGAAAACCCAAAGUAGCGACUAGUUUUGAGGCUAACGUAGAUUAUUUUGUGGAUUCUUUGGAAUUGUUCGAAGCGUUGAACCUUGAACCGCCCGAGCAAGCCAAACCUCACGACAUUUUGCAGACUGAGAAACAAUUUUUGGAAACAUUUGCGUUCUUCUUUAAUCACAGUGCAGCGUCAUCCCGCUACAUGACUGACAAAGAUUUUUUUCGUAAGUUAGUUCUCAAAUCUCAGGAAAUUGAAGGCACUCGCAAACUAGUUGGUGGCAGUGGAUUGCAAAUUGGUAAACGCCUUGCCUAUGAAGGAUGCCACGUUCUUUCAGCUGCUGAUUCAAGUUCAGAAUUAUUGAAGAUAUUGCCAGAGAAUUUAACAGCAGUGGGUAAUAUUGUAGAGGUUGAUGAUGUCCAUUUGUUGUUAGAAUAUCCUGCACAUUUUCCUUGGGGGAAAUAUGAGUCCCAAAGAGCAAACAGACUAGUUCUACACAGUGAUGAACACAAUCCAUAUCUGAAGUCAAUGGAAAAAUUUCAGGAGAAAGUAAAGGAUUUUUCCCCAGCAGUUGUGGUGGUUUCUGGACUUCAUAUGUUAGAUAAUUUUCCAGGCUUUAAUCCAGGGGACAGUGGUGAAAUAUUGAAAAAGCUGUCAUCUUUUCUGAACACACUGCAAGUUCCAAUUCACUUUGAAAUGGCCCCCUUCCAUCAAGAAACUUUCUUUGAUGAACUUUUGCAGUUUGUUGUUCCUUACUCAAGCAGUGUGGGUAUGAAUGAACAGGAACUGCCGAACUUGUGGAGCAAGCUUCUCUAUGGAAACAUAACAGUCGUUUCAAGUCAAAAACCAAGGGUUGCAAAAGUGCUGGAUCUCAUGAGAGAUGUGUACAAGACUUCAAAAAAGGAUUAUGGGAAAAGUAGGAAGAGACAGUUAACAAGACUGCAUGUCCACACAUUGGCAUUUCAAGCAAUUCUAACCAGGAAAGGAUCAAACUGGAAAAAUACCAAGGCAGCUGCAGCAAAGGCCUCUUUGACAGCAACCCGUCAUGUGUGUGGCUCAGAAGAAAUUGAUCCUGACAAAUCUAAAUUAUUUAUGGAUGAUUCAUUUUCUAAGAGUAUAGUUCCAGGCAGUCCAAAAGUUGAAUUCAAUGCCAAUUCACCUGUUUCUUGUUGGGAUGAAAAUGAUUAUGAAAUCUGUGUUGCUCCAGUGUUAGUUUGUACCCAAGUAUUACAGACAGGAGGAGGGGGAGACCAUAUUACAGCUGGAGGCCUCGUGCUACAGAUUUAGACCAGGGACAAUUUGUGUCAUCAAUUUUAAUUUUUAACAGGAAUUUUAGUUAAACUUGGUUAAUAGCACUUUACCACUACUCAUAAGGCCUUACUUACUGCUGCCUGUUAAGAUAAUAUCUGUUGUAGAAAACUUUAGUUUCAAAUCCAUCUACUCUACUGACAAUAGGCACUCAUGAAGGCAGUUUUGAAACCCCACCUUUAAUGCAGUGGGCUUAAUUUUAGAACACAGAUUUUAAAAUUGAAAGCUCCUUCAUAUACAGUUGUAAAAUGUACCUAGAAGUAGCCCUAAAAGACUUGAGCAGGUGCUCAGAUAACAGUUAUCUCCUUUGCAGUUAUUUGUUGGGAUGUCAGUCAAGAGCCUUCUUAUCAUCAGAAGAGAGAAAUGUUUUCACCAUUCUUAAUGAACCUACCACUCUCUGAAGUUGACAUUCUAAUUCCACCAAGGUCAAAUCAGUAAUACAGUAAUGACCCCAAGUCUUGUGUAAUGCAGUUGGAGAAAGGCAUAUUUCUAAAAUGGGUCGAUCGGUAGUGGGUGGGAUGGCUGUAAUUGUUCGUUUAAUCACACCAAAGAUAUAUGGAAAAUGGUCAACUGACAGGAGUGAUAUCCACAUUCAUCUCUGGCCAUAUGGCUGAUUAAUUUAUUUAUUGUUCAUGUUGUAUUCCAUUGCUCAGUUUUAUUCAUUAAAAAGUGAUGUUGAAUUGCAAUAAAAACGUUUUUAUGCAUGUGUAAGAUACAAAAGUGAAAUAAAAGCUCUCCACAUCACUUUA